ACAUCGGAGCGGUCUUCUAUUUUUCGUGUUGGACGUAAAUGCAGCAUUGGUGACGUCACUGGGAGGAGAUCAACAUGGCGUCCGGACAGCAAUGGGUGUUGGUGGAAAUGGUUCAAGCGUUUUAUGAGGCCCCUGCUUACCACCUGAUCCUGGAGGGGAUCCUAAUCCUGUGGAUCAUCAGACUUCUGUUCUCUAAGACCUACAAACUUCAUGAGACUUAUAAACUCACAGAGAAGGAGAAGGAGGACCUCAUUGAGGAGUGGCAGCCGGAGCCGCUUGUUCCUCCCGUUUCUAAAGACCAUCCGUCCCUCAGUUAUGAUGUUGUCACAGGACCUCCAAGCCACAAAAUCACAAUCAAUGGAAAAGAGUGCAUCAACUUUGCUUCAUUUAACUUCUUGGGUCUCCUGGACAAUGAGCGGGUUAAGCAAAAAGCUUUGGCAUCACUGAAGAAAUAUGGCGUUGGCACAUGUGGUCCCAGGGGCUUCUAUGGAACCUUUGAUGUUCACCUGGAGCUGGAGAGUCGUCUGGCCAAAUUCAUGAAAACAGAAGAAGCCAUUAUCUAUUCUUACGGCUUUGCGACCAUUGCCAGUGCCAUCCCUGCCUACUCCAAGAGGGGGGACAUCAUCUUUGUGGACGAAGCGGCCUGCUUCUCCAUCCAGAAGGGUCUUCAAGCGUCCCGCAGCUUCAUCAAAUACUUCAAACACAACAACAUGGAGGAUCUAGAGAGGCUGCUCAACGAGCAGGAGCUGGAGGACCAGAAGAAUCCUCGUAAAGCCAGAGUGACCCGGAAGUUUAUUCUUGUGGAGGGUCUGUACAUCAACACUGCGGACAUCUGUCCUUUGCCUGAACUGGUGAAGAUGAAGUACAAGUACAAGGUGCGGAUCUUCCUGGAGGAGAGCAUGUCUUUUGGUGUGUUGGGAGAACAUGGCCGAGGAGUCACGGAACACUUUGGGGUCAACAUCGAUGACAUUGACCUAAUCAGCGCCAACAUGGAGAACGCUGUGGCCUCCAUCGGAGGCUUCUGCUGUGGACGUUCCUUUGUGAUCGACCACCAGCGUCUGUCGGGCCAGGGCUACUGUUUCUCUGCCUCCCUGCCUCCCAUGCUGGCUGCUGCUGCCAUCGAGGCUCUCAACAUCAUGGAGGAGGAUCCAGACAUCUUCACCAUUCUCAGAGACAAGAGCCAACACAUUUACAAUGCUUUACAAGGAAUUCCAGGUCUGAAGUUAGUCGGAGUGCAGUUUUCCCCUGCUCUUCACCUCCAGCUGGAGAGAAGCUCCGGCUCCAGAGACUCUGACAUGCAGCUGCUGCGCACCAUUGUAGAUUAUUGUCUGGAGAGACGCGUGGCCCUGACCCUCGCUCGCUACCUGGAGAAAGAGGAGCGUUUCCUCCCCUCACCAAGCAUCAGGGUGGUGGUCACCAUCCAACAGACCGAGGAGGAUGUCCAGAAGGCCGUGUCUUGUAUCCGUGAGGCGGCUGCAGCUCUCCUCAUAUGACAAUCGAGUGUUUGCCACAGAUGGUACUUUAAGUAGACGUCACUGGAGCUUUAGCAGGGGUCCACUGAGUGGAGUAAGUAGGACACCACUGUGGGGGGGGGCAGACACCCCCGACCACAGACUGAGCCCAGCAAACUGAAGGUGUCGCUAGAGGCUCUCAGCCCCAAAAAAUACACCGUAUGCCUGCUAACAUCGCUUCUGUUUGUUGAUUCUGUUUUUUUCUUAAUUAUUCGUCUCUGCUGGUUCUCAUGCUUCCUGUGUCAUAAUCAUACAGCAUGUGCCACUAGUUGUGUAUUGUUAUGAUUGUAAAAGUGUACCUCCACCAGGAUUGUUUACUGCUGUGGAAGACACACCUGUAGUGAGAAUUAGACAAACCAAAUGACUUGUUGCCUUUUCUGUACUGAUCAUUUAUCUUGUUUUAUUUAACAUGUUUACAGUCGACUAGUACAUAAACUGGACCAGAUGAUGGUGAUUUUCUAUGCCACUGCUUGUUUUACCACAAAUACACACUGAAUUUUAAACCUGAUUUUGUUUACUUAUCUUUUGAUUUUUGGUCAAUGUUACUUCUCUUUUGUUAGAGGUUAUUGCAUUCUGACUACUUUACGUGUAUAAAAUGUAAAUAUAUCAGAUUUAAAUUAG